AUGGCUGAAAAAUAACACAAAGUCUUUUAUAGGAAUCAUAUCUUGAUUGUACCCACUAGAAACCUAGAAUUGCAACACAGACAUUUUAUGUUGGACAUCAUGAACAUUCUUCCACAUUCCAAAAAAACAAAUAAAAUCAAAUAUGAAUAAUUAAGAUCAGUUAUUCCUUCCCUUUGUGAAAAUCAUAGAUGCAACACCUUUAUCGUCUUCCAUACAAUAGCAAAUCAACUUAUAUUGGUUUUUGGAUCCUAUCCAUCUGGACCUACAGUUCAAUUCUCUCUACUUAAUGUUUCUACAAUCAGAGAUUUAUAAUUAGCAGGCAAUUUCUCAAAAAAAGGAAGAGUUCUGCUUUAAUUUGAUCAACGAUUCAACACUAUUGUUAAAUAUAAAUUACUUAAAGAAAUAUUAACUCUUCUCUUCAAUGUAUCAUAAGCUAGAUUUACUGAAAAUUUUAUUGACAGAAUAUUUUCCUUUACUACUGAAGGUGAGGCAUAAAAUAGAAUUUGGUUUAGAUAAUUUGAAAUAUAUCAAUAAAAAGAGUUGAGAGAAAUUGGCCCUAGAUUUGCAUUAGAAUUGAUCUCCAUUGAUGAAGGUCUUUCCUCAGGAAACAUAUUGUAUUAAGGCACCCAAGUUGAUGCUUCAUAAAUUAAAUUCAAAUAAAAAAUAAGAAAGAGCGAAAAAAAAUUUGAAAAAAUUUUAAAUGAAAUCAAUUUAAAAGAGGAAGAAAUUGACGUUGAGGAAAAUGAUUGAAAUUUUUGUUUAUGUUAAUAAUCAAUUGUAUGAAUGAGAUAUUUAUACUCAAA